AUGGACACCUCUUCCACUCCUUGCAGUCUUCACCCCCACAGGGUUGCAAAGAUGCGGAGGGUUAAGGCCAGGUGGUUGAAGGAAUGCUUGGAGGAAGUGGAAAAGAUGGUGAAUCGGCUGGCCUCCGUUUUCACCCGCAAAUGCUCUACAGACCAAGCAGCAUUCACUCUGAUCUUCGUCGUUCUUUCGCAGCUUUAUGGCUGGGGGAAGGCCCAAACCCUGCCCCCACCCGACACUCCAGCACCUUACUAUAUCCCCUCUGGAGAUAUGGACUGGUACAAUAGCAGGAGGAGAGCUAAAUUUAUCUCGUUUCCUUCUAGGCUGCCUCUGGCAAAUACUCCUACACUGGAUACCGGAUCAUCUCCAUCAGCAACGAAAUUAGCUGUAACAGUUGAUGCCAUCUGCUUUGAAUUUGUUAAAGCUCCUGAAGAAGUUCUGGAAAAGAAAAACUUGAAACCACCUUCCCCACAGGACACCCUAAAGACUGACAUUUUUGCCUGCUUGGUAGCCAUCGGAUUCCUGCUGAUCAUAGUUACAGUUUUCCAAAUACUGAUUUUUUCUAUACGAAGUGAAAUACCGAUGAAAUAUUACACGUACAGAAUUUGCAAAAACCAUCAGUUGAAUUCAGGUUGUGAAAGUGUAGCAGAAAAACAGAUGCAGUCUAAUGUCAGCUCAAGAAUGGGAGACUUUCCCCUGAGAGACUUCACAUCACCUUCUUCUGCUACACAACCAAGCAUCACCUAUAGAGAAGCCCAAUAUUCUCCUUAUGGCACAAGCACUGGUGAAACCCCCAUGACAAGUCCUAGAUCUCAGACAGUUUAUGAGUCCUCACUCGAAGGCAGUGUCAGUGUGCUGGAACCUGGUGAUACUGGAGAUCUGCAGGGGGAAAGCAGUGCAGAUGAAGCCAGAUGGGUGGAAGACAGAAAUUCCCCAUCUUGGAAAACUGGGCAGGGCAAUUCCGAGUAG